UGGAAAUCCCCGUAAAAUUCAUAUAAACUUUCUUUCGAUUUCAUUCGAACGGAUUUUCACGAUACAUACAUUCGAACGAAUAAGUACAGGUCUUCGAUUAGGUUGGCCCUAUUUGUGUCAGAAGAGCAUACUUUGAGUUCACUCCAUCGAAGCGGUCCAACAUCAAGCGAUAUCAAACACUUGAAACAAAAAUCAUGCAGAUUCCAGAGCACUUCACAGAAUUGUCUAUCCGAAUGUCUGAAGCACUUGAUGACAGUGGAGCUGAUAAGAAAACUGUAAUGGAGCGGAGGAGAACUUUCUUGCUGAGGGAGCAUAUUGAGCAGAUAACAUGUCAACUAAGAGGAAUGGACUUCGAGUGUUUUCAUUUCGGGAGCCAGUCGGAAGGGACCACAACUCCCGGUCUCCAGUCUGAUAUUGAUGCCCUAGCAAGUUACAACCAAUUCAAUAUCAUGACCGUCUGGGAAGACUGGAAGGCUUCGAUGGUAAACUUACUGAUGCUCCGCGACGAUACCAUUCCUCCACAACAGUACUUGCUACAAGUCAUCGAAAACGAUACACCGGAACCGGUGACCAGUCUGACUCAUGGCAUGUUCGUAAGGAAAGAUUCUGGACAAGUACUGCUCAGCGCUGAAAGAUGGAAACAAUACCUCGAGUAUGAGGCUAGGGAUCUAGGAGAGGCAACCAAAAAUGGGCCUUCUGUGAGUUUCACACCUAACUGGGAUAUUGUAAACGCAUGGCAUGUGCUCAAACCUCUUCCUGAAAUACAACACUGGAUAGACAGAUGUAGAGGUAGACCAUGGCCGUCUGUUCAUUUACUUGAGGCUGCGCGGUUAGCGCCGUGUUUCCUGGUACCAGCCGGUCAUCCAGACAGUGACUACAAGCUCGAAGAAUGGCGACUGUCUCCAAACCUGAUAGAACGGAUGUUGAUGUUUAGCUUUAAUAUGACACAAAUAAAAUGUUACAUUUUGUUCAAACUAAUAAAAAAAUCAUUAUUCGCUAAAAUUGUUGGAGAAUCUCUUACAAGCUUUCAUUGUAAAACUAUAAUGUUUUUCACCAUAGAAAGAACACCUCCUUCUCUAUGCGAUGGCUGCGAUUGGAAAGGCUCCCGCAUUAUAUCAUAG